UUCUAAUUAAGGAAAAAAAUAUCAGGAGGACUUUUGAAGGUUGGUUUUAUCCUGUAUAAAACCAUGUACAUCGAUCAACUCACAAACACCAUAAGAUCACUAAACAUAUCGCAGGUACAACAACGAAACACAAACCCCAUCAAGCUAUACAGUUCCCGGCGAGCUCCGUAUUUCCUCGCCAUGGACUCGCACUUGCUGAGCACCCAAACGGGGUCGACAUGGACCAACGAGAAGCACCUCCACUUCUUGAACGCGAUGGAGUCCUCUUUCGUCCACAAAAUGCUCCAAACUAACGCUCACCGCCUCCGUCUCGACCGUUAUUUGCCUGAUAGUUCCGAAUCGACCCUAGAUUUGAAGACCCACAGAAGAAAAAAACAUGCUUUCUCAGUUGAUCAUGCUGUUGGGUCGAAAACCAAAAUUGGUGGUAAGGUUGACAAGAGAACAAGGAGACCAUCAUCACGAUCGCAGCCGUGCAAUUCAGCACAAGAUCAGGUGGUCCCACAGCUUGGAAACAGAGAGGAUGAGCAAGAUUAAAGCCACUAAUCUACCGCCCUCUUGUCAUCUGCCAACCGAGAGAUUCUUCUAGUUUUUUUUUUUCUUCUGACUUUUAAGAAAAAUAAAGAGAAUGGAUUCGUUUCUAAGAUUGACUUCCUUGUCUUGUUGAUUGCAAUGAGAUAUUGAGAUUAGACUAUUUAAUUCACUCAAUUUGGUUUAUUUAAUGAGUUCACUUAAUUAGGCCAUUUUUUUUCAUUCAUAGUUUGUUAGGGUACAUGUUUUGCGAGAAGUGUUAAUAAAAAUAUUCCCCGUUGAUUAGGGGAGUGUCUUU